CAUAAAUCCAAGGACAGAAAGUUCUCUGCUACAUGAGCUAUAACUUAUAGUGCAUGUUAACACAAAAAAAAAAUGUUGCUUUCAGUACACAGUAUGACAUAUAGGUGACUGGAGAACAGGAAAUACCAAGUGCUUGUAAGUAACCUCGUUAUAGUUCACGUUCAAACAACCAUUUACACUUAAAAUCCUUAGAGGGAGUUUUGAUAGACUGCAUAAAUAUAUAAAGGUAAAUCAAAGUACUGCAACACACUUAAGAUGUCAACAUUCCUCAAUUGUUAAUACAUGUUAUUGUCAGUUUCUCCCUGCCACUGCACUUGUAUGGUUGUCGAUAAGUACCAAUUGUUCUAUUUACAUGUUUAUUUUCAUAUUUACAAUAUACUAUGAAACAAUUCCCCACAAUCUAUCCUUUUCAAAUCCUAACUUUUCUCUCCUCUUUACCUAUAGUCAGUAUUGUUAACAAAAUUAAGACUGGGUUGUAAUGCUACAAUUUUUAGAUAUGGAUAAUGUACCACUCCAUACCAAGACUGUUUAUUUCUCCUUAUAGAUCCAUUAUGGGACAGUCUAAUUGCUCUCAUGCGUCAAACAUAUCUUAGUUUGAAGUUUGAUGAAAAAAUUCUCAACUUUUUAAACUGUUUUAAACACCUAGCUAAAGGCUUAAAUGGACAGACAGCUAAAGAAAGACUUGGCAAACACCAUGUGCCCAUGUCAUAUAUGUGGGUUGGCAUAAACAUUGAAUACCGUACUAAUUUCCUUAAAAAACUGAGAAAACCACCUUAUUACACCAUGUACACACUGACUCAAUACAAUCAUGUGAGCAGCUAUUUAUAGAUAGAUGGUUAUACAUAUAGUUUUAGAAAACCAUUACCAAUUGUGUAUAAGUAUACAAGGAAGUUACUAGUUUUGCUGAUCACAUGCUUCGUUAGAUUGGAGCAAAGAACCGAUAAUCCACAGAUUUAGUGUUUUAUUGAUAAGAAUUUGCAAAGACCGAAUCAAUAUGGGUACUCCACAAUAUGCUUUGAUUUGUGAUACCUGUAGGGAAAACAGGACUCUUACCAGCCACUGUGUAGAUUGUCAUGGAAGUAUGUGUAUAGAAUGCAUGAAAAACCAUCAAACACUGUAUGCAGACCAUAUCACUUUGCCCAUGGCAGAGUCAAAAUGUCCAGACCACCUUAAAUUUUAUUCAGUGCACUGCAAAAUGUGUGAUAAGCCAAUUUGCAGAGAGUGCUUAACUGGUUUCCAUAAUGGUCACAAGUAUUCUGAUAUGAAUGUGGCCAAACAAGAGAAAUUGAAUGAAGUGAAAACGUACAUGAAAAAUCUACAUGAGAACAUUUCUCCUCUGUACCAGUCCUCAGAGGAUCAAGGCAAAAGGCAACUGGAUGAUUACGCUUCAGAAAUAGAGAUGGUUAAAAUCAUAAUUAAUGAACAAAGAGAGAAAUUAAAGUCAAAGAUUGAUGAAUUGUGCAACUCCAUAAUAUAUUCAGUUGAAACAACUCUUGAUGCCCACAGUGAUCAGUUAAAGAAAGAAUUGAGAAUCAUAGUAGAUGGAAAAACCCAAAUCCAAAAUGAAAUUAAAAAAUGUAAGGACUUGACAGAAAAAGGAAUUCUGGAGAUAAAGGAAUUUCUUGAAACUCUGCCUCAUUUACAGGACAUACCAGACAGACCCCCAGCUUUGUCAAAACCAGUUCCUUCCAAAUUUUUCCCGGCAGAGAUAUCAGAGAUAGCCUUGAAGCAAAUGAUUGGCAGUGUUUUGCUGGUUAGGGUUCACAACAGUUUCACCUGUAAGCUGCCUGUGCCAUAUGUCCAAGCUUGUUCAGCGAAUGAGGUUUGGGUUAAUUUCGAAGACGAAAAGAUGCUCACCAAAUAUUCCUAUCAACAAAACACUAAAAUGGCCAUAGAAAAGGAAUCCUUGAAACUGGAUUUUAAACCUGAAUGUUUUCUUUUGCUGAAAGGGGAUUGUCUUUUGGCCUCUGAUAGGUUUAACCACUGCAUUUGGAAAAUUGACAAAAAGAGAAAACCACAGUCCUUCAUCAAAAUGUCCCCAAACAAUCCAAAGGGACUGUGUCUGAACAACAGGCAAGAACUUGUUGUAUGUCUCUCUGGGCUGACAGGUUGUCUCAGAGUCUACCAAAAUGAAAAAACUUACAGAGAGAUUGGAAAUGAUGUACUAAAUGCUCCAAGAAGAGUUGCACAAAAUGGAGAUGAAAAUUACAUUGUAUUGGAUGAUCAUCUUCAGUCUCACUUUAUGGUUGCCAUAGAUCCAAAAGGAAAUUGCAAGUGGAAAUUUUAUGGCCUUGAAGAAAACAAACUGAAAUUUUCCCCUAAGAGUGUCUGUUGCGAUUCUCUUCAGAACAUCAUUGUGUCUGACUUUGGAAACCAUUCAGUUCUGCUUUUGGACAAAAACGGAAAGUUCCUGAUGAAUCUUCUGUGCAGCAGAUAUGGCUUAUGGAGCCCGCGAGGUAUGUGUCUGGACAGUGAGGGAAAACUUUGGGUGGGGCAAGGAAAGGAUGGGAUGGGAGAGUGUCAUGUUGUGCAAUACAUCAAAUGAUUUAGAACCGUUUCAACAAGAGUUUGGACUUCGGGGAGUACGUGAUAACUCCGAAAACUUUGGGUGGGGCAAGGAAAGGAUGGGAUGGGAGAGUGUCAUGUUGUGCAAUAUAUAAAAUAAUGAACUUUUAUCCAGUGAAAAUAUUGUGCAAUGCUUACAUUUUAUUGAAAUUGGUAUCUUCAUAGAGAGAUGACAGUGUAUAUAUAAGUGCAGUUAAUUGCUUGUAGUAGGAAAAGGUAGGCUAGGAAACAGUUAAGACAGCAAAAUAAAAAUACCAACUUAUUAAUUAGGGUCAGAUGUGACCUAUUUUCCAUUUCUUCUUUUUUUUCUAUAUCAACAAUGUGAAGAUUUCUACUAAGUAAAUCUAUAAUUAUACUGUCAUGUUAUAUGAUACCCUUUUUUUUAAAUUUAGAUAUAAAGUGUUCAAUUGAAAAUAUAUGCAUGCAAUAUGACUUUAUCUAUAAGCAUUCAAAUGCAUUUUGCAUGCUAAAUUAAGGAUGAUUCUAAAUAUUCUAGCUCCAAAAAGAGCCUGGUAAUGUACCCUGAAUUUUUGGGAAUUAAUUAACAGGUUUAAAUGUUAAUAAAUAAGGAAUAAUAAAUCAAGGAAAAUAUAAUAAAAUUGAGAAAUGUCUCGCAUGUCCUUAACUUUUUAAAAUCUGAUUUCGAUUAUAAAAAUAUAUAUUACCGGUAUACAAAAGGAAAUAUGAAUUUUUUUUUUGUACUUAUAUAAGUUCAAUACUCGAAGAAUAUAUAUAUAUAUAUAUAUAUAUAUAUAUAUAUAUAUAUAUAUAUAUAUAUACAAACUAGUGUAAGCAUACCAAAAUACUCAGUGUCAUGAUUUAGAACACUUUCAUGCCAGUUAUUUUGUAGAGUGGGUCUGCCCUCCAUAUUUUUGUGAAGGUUUAAGUGUGAUAAUAAAAGAAUACUAUGGUUUCAUAGAUAUUCUUUGUACCUGAUUUUUAUUGAAUUUCAUUCUUGCUUUGAUCCACAAAACUUGAUGCUCAUUGAAGUGUAAUUUCCCAUAAACAUAUUGCAUUGUAUCCUUGAAACUGUGAUUUUCACUAAAUCCAUGAAAAUUAAUGCCUAGGAAUAUAAAUUAAACCACAGCAACAGCUUCUAGCAAAUGACCCCCUAUACAUUUGAUGUACUGUAAGGUACCAGGCAUUCAUAUUCAGUGCUCAUAUUUAUAUCUCUGUAUUUAACUGGGUGUGAGAACCUGAUCAGAUAAUUUAACAGUAUGAACAUGUAUUUGUUAAUGCAGCUGCAAAUGCAUCCUGCAAGUUUUAGCAGUGGAAUUGGUUACUUAGGAAAUAUGUAUACCAUUGGUCAUCUUCAGUGUACAAGCUCAUGCUUUAAUAAAAACAUCAGAAAACUU